CGGCUUCUCUAUCACUUCUCGUCGCUGCAGGAGCAUUCGCUCCUCAACUGAUCAGCUUCUAUCGGCAUUUUGAACCUUUCGGCAGUAGCAGAAGCUUCUCUCGAAAUGCGUAAUUGCUCUGUGUUCGCUGCAGUGCUUCCUUCUUACUUAUUCCUCCCAAUUUCAAGGCAGAGAAUUUUUUAUCGAGUAAGACAUGAGAAACCAAUACCCAGUGACGUUCUUCUUACGAUUUUGUUACAUACAUCACAGUCAAAUCAUUGGCAGAAAAAUCUCCGAUUUCUCCACCUUGAUUUCUGCGCUUCGCCCUUCAGAAAACCCAUUUCCCUCUAUUAAUGAAUUCCGUUACCGAAGGCGUGAAUUUGCCCAACUUCUUCAAGUUUCAGACGAACAUAAUCUCUACUACAAGAGUGUUCAUGGGCAGAUGGUAGUUUUAGGUUUUCAAUCAGAUGUUUUUCUAGCUAACGUUCUUUUACAUUCAUAUUCAAAAUCCAAUUGUCUACUUAAUGCAGAGCAAGUCUUCCAUAAAAUUCCGGGGAGGAACUUGAUCACAUGGUCUUCAAUGAUUUCCAUGUAUACACAACAUGGUCAGAAUGAAGAAGCUUUGAUGAUCUUCUCUGAAUUUCGAAAAUCUUCCUCAGAGAAUCCGAAUGAGUUCAUCUUAGCUAGUGUUUUGCGUGCUUGCACGCAGUUAGGCGCCGUUGAUCAAGCCAUCCAAGUACAUGAUUUUGUUAUCAAGGCUGGGUUUGAUCAAGAUGUCUAUGUUGGUACCUCCUUAAUUGAUUUUUAUUCAAAGAAUGGAGAGAUAGUAGACGCAAGAUUGGUUUUUGAUGAUCUAGUGAUGAAGACUCCGGUCACUUGGACUACCAUUAUUACUGGGUAUUCACAAAGUGGAAGAAGUGAAGUUUCACUGCAGUUGUUUAUCCAAAUGUUGAAAACUGAUGUCUUUCCUGAUCGAUAUGUUCUCUCCAGUGCGAUAAGUGCUUGUUCAAUGUUACAGUUUCUUGAAGGAGGGAAACAGAUACAUGCCUAUGUGUUGAGAAAUGGAACAGAAACCGAUGUUUCAGUGAUUAAUGUGCUCAUAGAUUUAUACUCAAAGUGUCAUAGGGUGAAAAUUGGUAGGCAAUUAUUUGAUCAGAUGGUUCUUAAGAAUGUUGUGUCAUGGACCACGAUGAUUGCAGGGUACAUGCAGAAUUCAUGCGACUGGGAUGCAGUGAAGUUGUUCUCAGAAAUGACCCAACAGGGGUGGCGGCCAGAUGGGUUUACUUGCACUAGUAUUCUCACAUCCUGUGGUUCGACUGAGGCUUUGGAACAAGGGAGACAAGUUCAUUCUUACACCAUCAAAGCUAACCUAGAAUCCGAUGAGUUUGUGAGGAACAGUUUGAUCGACAUGUAUGCAAAAUGUAACUCUUUGGAUGAUGCUAGAAGAGCCUUUGAUACUAUGCCAGUACACAAUGUUAUAUCUUACAAUGCUAUGAUUGAAGGGUAUGCGAGACAGGACAAGGCCUUCGAAGCUCUGGAUCUUUUUAAUGCAAUGAGGCUUAAAUCAUUCCAUCCAAGCCUCUUGACCUUUGUUAGUAUUCUUGGGUUGUCAGCUUCAUUAUCCACCAUCGAUUUGAGCAAGCAAAUCCAUGGUCUUGUUAUAAAAAGUGGAAUAUCUUUAGACAUUUAUGCUGGUAGUUCCCUGGUGGAUGUUUAUUCCAAGUGCUUCUGUGUUAAUGAUGCAAGACUCGUGUUUGAGGAGAUGAAUGAAAGAGAUAUUGUAGUAUGGAAUGCCUUGGUUUUUGGGCAUAUCCAAAAUGGACAAGGCGAGGAGGCUCUCAAACUCUUCUUAGAAUUGCAGUUUUCAGGAAUGAAACCUAAUGAGUUCACCUUUGUUGGAGUUAUCACAGCAGCUAGUAACCUAGCAAGUCUCGUACAUGGUCAGCAGUUCCAUAGCCAGCUUGUAAAGUCUGGCCGAUACCUGGAUCCAUAUGUUUCUAAUGCUCUUGUAGACAUGUAUGCAAAGUGUGGAAGCAUUCACGAGGCUCAUAAAAUGUUCUAUACGACAUGUCGAAGAGAUGUUGUGUGUUGGAACUCCAUGAUCUCAACAUAUGCGCAGCAUGGGCUUGCUGACGAAGCUCUUCAGAUGUUCCAGCAGAUGCAAGAUGAGGGAAUAGAACCCAACUAUGUUACAUUUGUUGGUUUACUAUCUGCCUGUAGCCAUGGUGGGCUUGUUGAAAGUGGCCUUUGUCUCUUUGAUUCAAUGGCUACAGAAGUUGGUAUCAAAGCAGGGACAGAACAUUAUGCCUGCGUGGUUGCUCUCUUGGGACGAGCAGGGAGACUGCAUGAAGCCAAGGAGUUUAUUGAGCAUAUGCCAAUUGAACCGGCAGCAAUUGUAUGGCGCAGCUUGCUCAGUGCGUGUCGGGUAGCUGGCAAUGUUGAAAUGGGGAGAUAUGCUGCAGAGAUGGCAAUCUCCAUUGAUCCAAAAGAUAGUGGGUCCUAUGUUCUACUUUCAAAUAUUUAUGCAUCUAAAGGCAUGUGGGCUGAUGUUGAGAAUGUGAGGAAGGGGAUGGACUGCAAUGGAGUGUUGAAAGAACCAGGCCAUAGUUGGAUCGAAAUUGAUAGCAAUGUUCAUGUGUUUAUUGCAAGAGACAAAACUCAUGGCCAGGUUGAUUUGAUCUACUCGGUAUUGGACAGGUUGACCCUACAGAUCAGAGGAGUUGGGUAUGUGCCUGACUCUGCUACAUGCUUGUUAGAAGAUUGAGGAGAGAUGGUAUUACAAUCCAACAGGAAGCCAUGUUUUGAACUUUGAUCCAUCUUCAAAAUAGAAACCUGAACACAUGCUGGGGCAUGGAUUAUGGAUGGAAAAUUAUAUCCAAUGGGGUCCUUGAAUUUUGAUCUCUUGAUCUAUGUUCGAAAUAGACAUGUGGAUACAUAUAUGCUCAUUCAAGUGGAAGGAUUCAAUAUUUUGGUCUUUCAACCAUCCGAAAAUGGUCGGUGCUAAAAGAUUUGGAACCACAGUGGUGAAUGGAACAGAACCCACCUACUUUCUAAUUCCAAAUGGUGAUUAUCCUAUAUAUACUUCACUCAAUUUGGCGUGGACCAUCUUUUCUAUAGGUGCCACUUCUGGUGGUUCUCUCAAGUUUAAUCUUUUGCUUGAUGUUGUUUGUCAAUGAUAUACUGUUUUGUAUUUGAUUUUUUCGACUUUAUAUUGCCUUAUUAGGCUUUGAGUUAUAAUUUAUGGUUUUUCUGGCAUGUAGAAUGUUUAGUAGUCAGGGCAACAUUAUGGUGCUCCAUAAAGGUUGAUGUCACAGCCAUUUUUCUCAUGCUAAAGCCAACGACUUUUCUGACUUGCUUUCCUAUGGGACCAAUGAACUGCUUAGGUGAGUUGGUAUUGGUUCUAUUAUGUUAAAGAGGAAGUCUCAUGCUCAAAUUUCUUGAGGUGCUCCUAAUUGUGGCAGAAACACUUUCCCUGCACAAUGCUGUCCUCGAUCAAAACCUUAAUGGGGGAUUUUUCUAGGAAACAAGAAGGCAUCAUGUGGAACCAGGACUUUGCAAU